AUGGCGUCCAAUGUUAGGUUAAGUUUGAAAGAAUGGACUGAAGGCUGGACAAAAUGGGAUAUCGCACUCUAUGUUGGUGCUCCAGUGGCUCUCGGACUUGCCGGUAUUUGGUUUUACAGGCGUAGCAAAUCACAACCCGAUGACAAUGAUGAAAGUCGAGAUGAAAUCUCCGAAGAAACCGAAAGUAGACCUUCACCAAGUAAAUCUGCUACUCCAUUAGAAAAGGCACAAGCUGCUAAAGCGAAGGGAAACAAGUACUUUAAAGGUGGUAAAUAUGAUCAAGCUAUAGCAUGCUAUACUGAAGCAAUCGACCUCUGUCCAUCUGACAAAAAAUCCGAUUUAGCAACAUUUUAUCAGAAUAGAGCAGCGUCUUCAGAAUAUUUGUCAAAAUAUGAGAGUGUGAUAGCAGAUUGUACUGAAGCUAUCAAAUUAAAUAGUAAAUACACCAAAGCCUUUGGGAGAAGAUGCAAGGCUUAUCAACAAGUUGGUAAACUCAAAGAAUCUUUAGAAGAUAUCACUACAGCAUGUAUAUUGGAAGGCUUUGCUAAUCAAGUUAAUUUACAGUUAGCUGAUCAAGUAUUAAAAGAUUUAGGUAGAAAAUGUGCCAAGGAUACAUUUAAGAAUAGAAAACCAGUCCUACCAUCUAAAUUCUUUGUGAAGAAUUAUUUCAAUGGUUUUGCAAAUGAUCCAGUCAAGAAUUUUAAACCAAAAGUUAGUAUGUCUACACAGAAUGAAAAAGAUGUAAAAGGGGAGGAAAAUGAUGUUAAGGCAGAAGGUGAUACCACUCCAUUUGAACAGGCAGUAGAAAAUUUGAAUAAUAAUGAGAUAAAAGAUAUUAUAGAUUUAUGUACACAAGAAAUAAUAGGUGCUAACUCUAGUUAUAUCAACCUAGCCUUGUUAUUACGUGGUACAUUCUAUAUGAUGUCAGGACAGACAGACCUAGCAGGAGCAGAUUUUGAAACUCUAAUCAGUGCUGCAGAUGUUGAUCCAAGGAUUAAGACAAAUGCUGUAAUAAAAGAAAGUAGUAUAUUGAUACAAAGAGAAAAGAUAACAGAAGCAUUUGAUAUAUUUGACGAAGGUAUUAAAGUUGAUCCUGAUAAUUCAGAUAUCUAUCACCAUAGAGGGCAGCAAUAUUUGGUUGUAGACAAAUUAGAACAGGCUUUAGAUGAUUUUAAUAAGAGUAUCAAAUUAAGUCCAGAUUUUCCUACAUCUCAUGUACAGAAAGCUUAUGCAGUUCAUAGAACAGGUAUUGUUUAUCAACAACAGUCAUCUUUAACUGAAGCUAGCAAAAUGUUUCAAGAAACUAUUAUUAAAUUUCCUCAAUAUGCAGAUGCUUAUUUGAUGUAUGCUCAGUCAUUAUCAGAUCAAAGUAAAUUUGAAGAAAGUUUAAAUAAUUUUGAUAAAGCAUUGGAACUGGCACCAGACAAUCCAAAUAUUUAUGUACAUAAAGGAUUAUUAAUGGUACAGUAUAAAGGACAGUUUGAAGAUGGUAGUAAAUUAGUAGAGAAAGCAAUUCAAAUUGAUCCUAAAUGUGAAUAUGCCUAUGAAAUUAUGGGAACAAUUGAUGUACAGAGGGGUAAAAUGCCACAAGCUCUCGAGUCAUUUAAGAAAGCUAUCAAUUUAUCCAGAUCUGAAGCAGAAAUGGCUCAUCUUCAUUCCUUACUGAAUGCGGCCCAGGCUCAAGUGACUGUGGCCCAGAAUCUGGGUAUUCCUAUACCAUCUAUGGGUUGA